CCAGCGCUGUGAUCUGUGAAUCGCGAAGACGCCAACGGAUCAGCCCGGAAGAAGUAUCAGUGUAUCGCUUCUCUGGUAUGUUCUCUGACCAGAGGGCCGUCCCUUACAUGCGAUUUGUUUAUUAGCUGAUUGAGGGAAACAAAUUCGGCGAAGAGAAGACUAAUAGCGGGUUGGGCGAAGCUGCAAAGGACGGACGAAGAGUCAAAAGACACAAAAUCUCCCGUGGUUCUACAACAUUUGUCUGAUUUAGAUCUCGGAAACCAGCAGAUAAUGAUGAAGGCCUGAAGACGAAGUGUUCUUAUGAGAAAGAGAGAAAAUGGAGCUAAUGACUCACUCUUCAUCCUUUCUUCUCCCAAACAUUCCUCCAGCCAACGGCCGUGCUCUAACUUACGCACUUGUCAUCCUCAACCAACGCCUUCCAAGAUUCACUACUCUGCUUUGGGAAGCAGCAGAGCUUCAUGUUUGUGCCGAUGGUGGAGCAAACAGAUUGUUUGAUGAAUUGCCUCAAUUCUUUCCUCAUGAGGAUGUCUCUGAUGUUCGGAAGAGGUACAAACCAGAUGUAAUAAAAGGGGAUUUGGACUCAAUCCGAGAUGAUGUUCGAGACUUUUAUUUUAGCCUUGGCUCAAAAGUGGUUGACGAGUCUCACAAUCAAGACACCACUGAUUUGCACAAAUGUGUUGCUUAUAUUCACGACUUACCCGAUCUGAAAACCCCAAAUUUGUGCAUUCUUGUUGUUGGAGCACUCGGCGGGAGAUUUGAUCAUGAGAUGGGAAACAUCAACGUGAUCUGUCGAUUUGCGUCCACCCGAAUUGUUCUUUUGUCCGACGAUUGCCUCAUCCAACUUCUUCCGAAGACACACCAUCACGAAAUUCACAUCCAUUCCUCUGUGGAGGGCCCACAUUGUGGUCUCGUUCCCAUAGGUAUGCCUUCUGGGUGCACAACAACCACGGGGCUCAAGUGGAAUCUAGCUAAAAGCGAAAUGAGAUUCGGGGGUUUGGUCAGCACAUCAAAUGUUGUGGAAGAAGCUGUCGUUACGGUCCAAUCAGAAUCCGAUUUGCUUUGGACGAUCUCUAUAAAAAAGGCUGGCAAUGCUGCGGAAGAAUACUUUGGUUGGAGCCAAACGAGCCGUGGAGACAGUGAUUUUACACCGUGUUCAUCCUCAACCUGUUCCAGAAAAAGCUCCCUGAAAUAAGAAAUGUAACUACUCUACACCAAUGUCUUCUUUGCUGCCCCACAUGAAUCUCCCAAUAUGCCCGCAUGGGCAGCUCAGUUGGUCAAGAGCGUGAAAUCUUGGACCGAUGACCAGGGAUCGAGUCCCGCAAGCGGCAGUGUGGGAGCUAUCCAAAAAUCCCAUAAAGGGUGAGGAGGCUCCUUGUGCGCGGUGGGCACGGGUCUAGCGUUCUUGGCCGACUGAGUCACCAUGAUUUACUUCCUCCACCAUUCCUGUCGGGCAAGGGGGUGGGG